GGGGAAGGUAGACUAGCGAGAGAUAAAGAGCAGAGGCAGGUUUGCGACGCAGAAAUGAUUUGAUACACCACAAAGUAAGCGCGGAAUAGUCUACAUAUCUACAUAUGUCUAUAUGUCUCGCUGAUGCUGUUUACUUUUUUUUUUUUUAUACUGGAUUGAUGACUUCAGGAUAAAGCUCGUGUUCUUGGCUAGCCGCUGUAAGUUAACUAGUUAGACUUCCCUUUAAUGCACGUACUGCUGCUAUAUCACCCACAGCGCAGUGGUCAUUUGAAGUGCAGUACUGUUUCCGUUUGGGAAAUCAAAUAAUAACAAAGCAGGAGUGAAUAUAGAUGCUGUCUUGAGAUGUGGCCUGCGUUUGAUUGACAGUCAUGGGAGGAUGCGUGGGGCGAGAGCGCGAGGAGUCACGCAGACGAGCCUCGAGGACGCAGAGGAAACGUGGAGGUCGUAAUGAGCCGCUGAAGAAAGACAAGCUGAAAUGGAAGAGCGAUUACCCCAUGACGGAGGGCCAGCUCCGCAGUAAGAGAGAUGAGUUUUGGGACACGGCUCCAGCGUUCGAGGGGCGCAAGGAGAUCUGGGACGCCCUGAAAGCCGCCGCUCUGGCUCUGGAGUGUAACGAUCAUGAACUGGCUCAGGCUAUCGUGGACGGAGCCAACAUCACAUUACCACACGGAUCCCUGACCGAGUGUUACGACGAACUCGGCAACCGCUACCAGCUACCGGUUUAUUGCCUGGCCCCGCCGGUCAACCUGAUUACAGAAAGAAGUGAGGAAGACCUGUCGGACAACCCUGAGCCCCUGACGACGCAGAAGAAAGAGUUCCAGCUGAAGGUACGGCUCUCCACCGGCAAAGACCUGCGUCUGAAUGCCAGCAUGACCGACACCAUCGGCCUGCUGAAAAAGCAGCUACAAGCGCAGGAGAACAUUGAGCUGGCCCAUCAACGCUGGUUCUUCUCUGGAAAGCUCCUCACAGACAAGACCCGCCUGCAGGACACCAAGAUCCAGAAGGAUUUUGUUAUCCAGGUCAUCGUGAACCAGCCGACACCAAACAACUAAGGCGGAGCGGACAGACUACAGAGGGAUAAAGGACCAAACCACAGCAGCUGAAAGAGCGUCGAACAAUAAAACGUUUUGCACAAAAAUGAAUCGAGACAGACAAGCGUCUUGAUCCUGCUGUUUUAAAAUGCUCCAUGAUUCACAGUGGGAAUGCAUCAAGCCCUCUCUGUAAUCGAAUGUCUGGAAAAACAAAUAAACCAAAUGCAACGGAUCGCAUCUGUACCGACUUGAGCAGAAGUGCCAACGUGAAUUUGGUAGCGAAGCACACUGAUUUGUGUCUCUUGACUAUGCAUAUCCUGCAAAAUACCUAUAGGAUCCUCUGAAAAUGAUCUCCCCUUUUAAGAUAAUUGAACUUGAGCUUCAUUUUGCACACUUGAGUAUCUUAGAAUAGUCGUGCCUUG